UGGAACUGCACCAGUUAGUCAAAUAAAUUGGGCAUUCUCAUCUCAGCACUCACACUGCAUAUCAGCUAGGGUUUCAUCAAUCACUUACCAACUCUUCAAUCAUCUCUAAGAUUACAGUGUGUUGUCAAUUAACCCUUUUCAGCUAAAUAUGGCGGAUUUCAACCAUAAUUAAGCUCUUUAGCUAUUGCAAAACACUAACUUCUCUGUUAUCACCAAAAAAAUGGCUACAACAAACCCUUUCGAUCUGCUUGUGGAUGACGAUAACGAUGAUCCUUCACAGCUUGCGCAGAAGAUCGUUUCUGCACCGGUCAAAAAGGUUCAAACCGGUUCAACUGUCGGUAAACCGGCGGCUCAGCCGGCUAAGCUUCCUUCUAAGCCUCUUCCUCCGGCUCAAGCCGUGAAGGAGGCUAGAAAUGAAGGUGUGCGUGGAGGACGUGGCGGUGGCCGUGGGUACGCACGGGGUCGUGGCGGUGGGUUCAAUAGAGACUCAGGAAGCAAUGAGCAAUCAUUUGGUAACCGAGGGUUAUCUGGUGAUCAAGGUGUCAUUGAGGAGCCUAAUGGUGGGAAAGGUUACGAGAGACGCGGUGGCAGUGGUUCUCGUGGCGGUUUCCGUGGUGGUCGUCGUGGCGGAUUCGCUAAUGGAGAUGUGGAGGAUGGUGAUCGUCCUCGCCGUCCAUAUGAACGCCGCAGCGGGACAGGCUAUGGGAAUGAAUUCAAACGCGAGGGAGCAGGUCGCGGGAACUGGGGAAGUCAGGCUGAUGAAAUUGCUCGGGAGACUGAGGAAGUGGUGAAUGAAGGGGAGAAAACAGUGGUUUCUGAUAAGCCGUUGAACGAGGAAGAUUCAAACGAUGAGAAAAAGGAGAAUGCUGUAAAUGAGUCCGAGGAGAAGGAGCCUGAGGAUAAGGAGAUGACUCUUGAAGAAUAUCAAAAGGUUCUCGAGGAAAAGAGGAAAGCUUUAGAGGCACUUAAGACUGAAGAAAGGAAGGUGGAAGUUGACAAAGAGCUUGCAUCCAUGCAACAGCUCUCCAACAAGAAGAGCAGUGAUGAGAUCUUCGUUAAAUUGGGGACUGACAAGGAUAAGCGUAAAGAGAUUGCUGAGAAAGAAGAGAAAGCGAAGAAGUCACUCAGCAUUAACGAGUUUUUAAAACCUGCUGCUGGUGAAAGAAACUACGGGGGGCGUGGGCGUGGUGGCCAUAGAGGUGGAGGUGGACGUUACAACCAAGGUUCAAGCUAUGCCCCUGAAGCCCCAAAAAUUGAAGAUCCGGGUCACUUCCCCACUUUAGGUGGCAAGUGAGCUGUUCUUUUCGCCUUCUGACCCGUCAUCAACUUUUCAACACCCUUAGUGAUGGCAGAAGCAAGCAUGUUAGAAAAACCGAGCCCUAUGUAUUCGAAAUGUCUCAGAAGUGUAUAUUUCUUUUUUUUUUUCAUGUGCUUUCCUGUAUUUCUUAAAGUCUUAUAUUUAGAGAUCUUCUGGAAUUUUUCUUUCUUUUUUAUAAAGCAUUUUAGGGCAACAGUUUUAGUUUUUUUUUGGAAUAGAUGGAUAACACUUGAUAA